AUGGGGGGGGGUGGGGGGGGGGGGGGGGGGGGGGGGGGGGGGGGGGGGGGGGGGGGGGGGGGGGGGGGGGGGGGGGGGGGGGGGGGGGGGGGGGGGGGGGGGGGGGGGGGGGGGGGGGGGGGGGGGGGGGGGGGGGGGGGGGGGGGGGGGGGGGGGGGGGGGGGGGGGGGGGGGGGGGGGGGGGGGGGGGGGGGGGGGGGGGGGGGGGGGGGGGGGGGGGGGGGGGGGGGGGGGGGGGGGGGGGGGGGGGGGGGGGGGGGGGGGGGGGGGGGGGUGGGGGGGGGGGGGGGGGGGGGGGGGGGGGGGGGGGGGGGGGGGGGGGGGGGGGGGGGUGGGGGGGGGGGGGGGGGGGGGGGGGUGGGGGGGGGGGGGGGGGGGGGGGGGGGGGGGGGGGGGGGGGGGGGGGGGGGGGGGGGGGGGGGGGGGUGGGGUGGGG